AUGUCAUUUUGAUUUACAAAUGGAAAUAAUGAAUUUACCUACAUUUCAGGAGUUAUCGACAUAGAUUUAUUGAAGCUUUCUUUAUUUUGCUUUGGGCCAGAAAUAUCUGAAAUAGAACUCAGUUUUAAAUUUGAUAGCAAUAAUUCAGAGCUAGAUAAAAAUACAUGUAUAAUUGCUAUAACAAUUUCAGUUAUUUUAUUUGUGUCAUUAUGCUUUAUUUUUUCAGCAAUUGCUAGGGUCAUAAUAAGACACCGAAAUCUUGCAAGAGUCCAGUCUAUAAAUCCUUUGUCAGGAGUUGGAAUACAAGUUCAGUUUCCAUCUAUAAAGUGGGCAAAUUUAGGCAAAUUAAAUUAAAUUUAAUAUAGCCUAAGCGGGACCCCCACUAACCGGAAUACCUUGGCUCCAGAAAAGGUGGCCUACGCUGGGUGCGUAUACACCAGAGUGCAAAUGGAGUAAGGCCCAGCCUAAUUCAAAUCUCUUGAAUUUUCUGGCAAAACUCACAUAGCCUAAGGAUCAGCUCCCUAGCUAGAGUCACCCACUGUAGGGUACCGAUAUUCCCGCUAGACGAAGAUUAUGUGAUAGGUAAAAUCUGUUUGCCCCCGUCUGGUAGGAACAGGAAAACCUUCGGAUGAUAAACAAAACUUCCUUCUAAGGCAAGGCAUCACCAAACCUGAAAAGGGACAGAGGUCCUGCUUUCAGCUUCAUCAGAAAGGGUCCAACUUCCUCCAUAAGAAAUGCGGCUCGAAGACCAACUUCCGCCACCGUCACCAUUUUAUUUCAAAUUUAGGCAAAACCUGUCUAGCCCAUCUGGCAGGGACAGGGAAACUUUCGAGGUAGAAACAAAGCACCCUGUUUCGGCAAGCUUCCCUUUGAGACACGCUCCACUGCUCCAUCAGGAGGUGUCGCCUCGGAGUCCACUUUCCGUUAGCGUCACCAUUUUAUUUCUAAAUUUAGGCAAGGGUUCAGAAUUAUGUGCAAUAUGUCUGGAUGAUUUUUUGCCUAAAUCUCUUAUAAGAAUGCUUGAUUGCGAUCAUUAUUUUCAUGUAAAUUGCAUCGAUGAAUGAGCGAGCAAUAAUAUCAGAUGCCCACUUUGCAAGCAAAACAUGGUAGCAGAUAAUAUAACGACUUUUUCAACAGAGACCAUCCUUCAAACCGAGAAUAAUGAAAUUACCGAAAUAAGAAUCGAAAGGCUAUUUACUCAGUAA